AUGAGAGAAUUCUAUAAUCUAAUAAAUUUGGAAAAAUCGUUAGUCGAGUUGGUUCAUCAAAACGAGGGUGAGAAUGUGCAGAGUAGUAGCCUGAAAAAUCCAGAAAAAGGGGCGAUGAAGUCUCCGAGAUGGGGUUAUUUUAGGAUUAUUACAGGAACAAUCCUUGGAGGGAUGCUCGGGUUCUACUUUAUGCACCGAGCUGAGCUCAAGUACAAGGAGAUGUGGGAUGAGAGGUUGAGGAAGUACGAGGAGGAAAUGAACAAGAAGAAGGUGCAAGAGGCUGAGUCCAAUGAGAUUCAUGACUCGCUCUAAUAUUUGUUCGUCUCUUUUGACUAGUUCUAUCGUUUUUUUUUUCCUCUUAUGUGAGAAAUAUAGGAAAUUUCAUGUCGUGUCUGUUUCAUGAGAGUUGACAAAUAACUUUGUGUAGCUGUUGUCGAGUAUCGAAAGAUCAAGAAUCAGUUCUAUUGUGGAAUAUGUAGAACUGAUGCUAAAAAAAAUUCCAUUAUUCGAUGUAUUCAUGCUUUUUUGGCCCUUUUGCUCCCAUGGUUUCCCUUUCUGUACUGUGUGUGUACAUGGAUAAUUCUUGUUACAGUAUCGAAACUUCUCCCUUGGAUGAAUGGAAAAGUGUUGGUACAUUGAAAAAAAAAUAAAAAAUCCAAUCUUUAGAUCUUGCAUAAUUGAAAGAUCUGUUUUUUUUUUUAGAUUUUUUUGGCUGUGUACCGCACUAGUUCUUGUGAUGACAUGGUCAUGCAGCAUGGAUAGCUUCACUUACUGAGUCCUUGCCAUUUCGGGGGGCCAGCCACCAUGAGCCACACAACAGAAAACAACUUGUGGGCCCACAAAGAAAGAUCGUGCUGCCGAAUACGGAGAUGUUGCAGGGGAUACAUCUCGAUAAUCAGAGUGCAGGGCCAUCACUUCCACCAUUAGCCGCUGCCCGUUUUUGCAGUGAUUUGGGUCGGAACUGAUGAAAUAAACCGGGCCAGGCCGCUUAAGCUCGAUAACCGUGUUCCCGUUCUUGAAAACUGUCACGGCAUGGCUCGAGUUACAGUGGAAAAUUUCAACCAUAUGAAGACCAAGAAAAGGGUGGCGGCCCAGCGGGCGUACGUGUCGUUGGCGGCUGGCGGCCGCCAGCUGUCCUCGCCGCCGACUUCGAACUGUUCGGCCACAGAGCUUGUCAUGAAGAGUGUGAAGAGAGUGAGAGAUGCAUAACAGAAGGUUACUAAGAUGUUAGCCAUUUUCGUGAGUUUUGGGUUUGGUUUGUACUUUUGCAGUUGAUUAUUUUUAGUGCAUGUAUGGGAUGUUAGGGGUUUUUUUUGGUUGUUUUUUCAAAAAUUCAAAGUAACUUGCAGUUGACGUGGUGAAAACUGAAUAUGGCGGUUAUUGGUAGUUGAGGGUCGUGGGGAGAAUCUGCAUUUGACUUAGGUCCGGCCCAAGAGACUUUUGCUGUUUAUGGAUUGGGAUUUUAGUUCGGCCCAAUAUGAUAGUCCAAUCUGUUAUGGGGGAGAAUCGUACUGGCCAGGCCCAGCGAANC